CUUGAUGAGCCUAGUCAGUAGUCACAUAGCUCCAACAGUCAUUGAUGCUCUUGUGUUAUGGCAUCUGAUUCAUGGGACACAUUUUCUAAAUAUGUUAUGUUGGACAUGAAUGAAGAUGAAUACAGCUCAGCCAAUGAUGAGAAUUCAAACCUGCUGGCAGCAAUCGAAAGAGGUGAUACUGCAGUCAUCCAUGAACUCAGGCGAUUUCCUUCAGCCUUUAGGGAAGUGGACAGUAGUGGACUUCUUCCAUUACACAGAGCCGCCAUGCAACCAUCAGGGAAAGUCCUAGAAGCAGUUCUGGCUUCCAGCCAGCCUGACAUGGAAGAAAAAGGUCGGAAUGGAGAGACCGCCUUGACUUUAGCCGUUCAAGCUGGCCUGGAGGAGAACGUCAGGAUCCUUCUGGAACAUGGAGCACUACCACACAACCUCAACAGCAGAAAGGAGUCUCCACUUCUGCUGGCGGUAAGAGUCAGAUCGUUUCCAAUGGUGUACGCUCUCACCUCACAUGGAGCUGUAGUGGAUCAGGUUUGUUCGAAGAGGUGGACGGCACUGCAUGAAGCAGCAAGAGUGGGCUGCAUUGACAUCUUAAUGCUGCUGCUGAGACGAGGCGGACAAGUGUCAGUGAGGGAUUAUGAGGGAAUGACUCCAUUGGGUGUAGCAGCAGAGUGCGCCAAUCUAGAAGUCCUUAAAGUGCUCAUUGAUAUUGGAGCUGACGUGAACGCACAGUCCUGUAAGGGUGAAAGUGUGUUGAUGGAUGCAGCUGGUUCUGGAAACCCAGACUGUGUGAACCUUCUGCUUGAAAAUGGAGCCUCACCAAACCUGGCCAGUUUUACCAGGCAUCUUCCUAUACACCGCGCGGCAUUCGAGGGCCACUACCUUGUGUUAAAAAUACUGCUAUCAGUGACAAGCAAGAGAGCUAUCAUUGAGUCUGGCCAGAGUCCAGUACACUCAGCUGCAGAUGGAGGUCAUGUGCAGUGCCUGCAGCUCCUGAUUGACAGAGGUUUUGAUGUGAACAAUCUACUCGACCGAACCAUCUCCGACUACUACAAUGACAAGCGUAGGAGCGCCCUUUACUUUGCCGUCUCAAAUGGAGAUGUGACUUGCAUUGAGAUGCUGUUAAAUGCAGGAGCCAAACCUGACCUGGAUCCUCUGCACUGCCUCCUAGUGGCGGUGAGAGCUGGGAGGUACGAGAUUGUCAAGAUGCUCCUGGCCAAGAAGGCGGAUGUGAACUGUUACUUCACAGUGGUCAGUGACACAAUAUUUCCCACAUCUCUACAGUACUGCCUGAAGGAUGAGGAGAUGAUGCGAUUACUUCUUAAUAAUGGAUAUAAUGUAGACAAAUGUUUCCAUUGUCACCAUGAUUACCCUUUCAACAUGGGGUUUCCUUGGAAGGACAUAUAUGCACACAGACCAUGUUGUGUCAUAUGUGAUGGAGAAGACAAAAUACCUUUCUGUGACUUCAUAAGUUUGUGCUGCCUUGUUCAUCUGUCUGGACGAGUGGUACUGAUCCUGCUGGACUAUGUCAACCACGUCCCCCUCUGCUCACAUCUUAGAUGUAUCCUGGAGAAACAAAAGGAGUGGGCAGAGAUAUGCACCAUCUUAAACAACCCACGAUCCCUGAAGCACCUCUGUCGUCUGGAAAUCAGAAAAUACAUGACCGUUAAAAAACUCCGUAAUAUCAUUAUAAUGGAUUCCUUUCCACCUCCAAUUAGAAAUUACCUGCUGUACAAGUAAUAUGAUGAUCUAACUGGAAUAUGAUAUAUAAUUUUUUUUUUUUUCAUUGAAUGUUAUACAUGUUAUAUUGUUGUCAGUUAUAUAAAUGAUUAAUUAAUAUAAUAAUUUUUUCCCUAUAAUAACUAUUUGAAUAUCAAGUUCCUCUUUUCCGUAUUAAAGGCUUAGUUCAUCCAAAAAUGAAAAUUCUGUCAUUAAUUACUCACAUGUCGUUCCACACCCGUAAGACCUUCGUUCAUCUUCAGAAUACAAAUUAAGAUAUUUUUGAUUUUGUUAUGAAGCGACAGGAAUACUUUUUGUGUGUCAAUGGGCUGUCAAACACUGCUUCAUGAAGCUUCGAAGCUUUACGAAUCUUUUGUUUUGAAUCAGUGGUUCGGAGUGUGAUUUUACGUGAUUUCAGUAAACGAGGCUUUGUUACAUCAUAAGUGUUUCGAAAUUUCAGUGGUUCACCACUGGGGGGACGUGACUUUGGCAGUUUGAUACACGCUCCGAACCACUGAUUCAAAACAAAAGAUUUGUAAAGCUUCGAAGCUUCAUGAAGCAGUGUUUUGAAAUCGCCCAUCACUAGAUAUUGUUGAACAAAGUUGUUAUUUUGUUUUUUGCCGCACAAAAAGUAUUCUUGUCGCUUCAUAACAUUAAGGUUGAACGACUGUAGUCACAUGAACUGUUUUAAAUAUGUUUUUAGUAGCUUUCUGGGCAUUGAAAGUGUUAACUAUCUUGCUGGCAAUGGAGGCCUCACUGAGACAUUGGAUUUUAUCAAAAAUAUCUUAAUUUGUGUUCUGAAGAUG